AGGGGUUGAUGCUGGAGAGAGCGAGAGGAGGAGAGGAAGGGAAGCUAAAUCCUCACACCGUUAUUAUCAGGACUCACAUACAGCCCUCCUGUGAUGGAGUGAGAUAGAGAGAGAUACAGGAAAAAAAGGGAAAAGAUGGGAGUUCUGAAGGAAACGGAAAGCAGGAUUACUGUGACAGCACACGGCAGAUGAGCGGCGGCACAUCGGAGAGGGAGGAGAGAGGGAGAGGAAACUCCCGUUUGAGGGGAGGGAAGCCAAAGCAGUGCAACAGGAUGAGGACCUGCUAGUGGACAUCUGUCCUCCACCACCAUCCUCCUACAUCUGGAUCAGCUCACAUCCUCACGGGAAAGAGGGCAAAGAGGGGAACCUGAGAGACCAGAAUCUGAUCCCUGCUUCACCAUUUUUUUAUCCCUUUUACUGCGGACUAUCAUCAGAACAACUGGACCCAAAAGUUUUUCCUCCAAAGGUGCAGAAGGAGAUCUGCUGAACUUCCCAUGGAUCUGCUCAGGGAGAGGGAAAAAGGAAAGGAGGCGGAGAGGGGUAGGAAGGAGGAGACGGAGGGGAAGCAUCACCGCUGCUGAAGUGUGAACCGGCGUCUCACUGAAGAGGCUUUUUAUCAUCGCUCAUCUUCUAUCCUCAUCGAACAGCGGGGAGCCUGAGGAUGCAGACUGAGGGCUAAAACACCUCAACACUUUCCUUUACACAUUCUUUGACGUCCUGUCUUCACCUUCACCACCACUGGUGCUCACUGUGACAGAAAAGAAGGAGAGGAGGGCUUUCAUUUCUAAUUUGUGUGGGAGAUCACAUCCAGCUGGUGAAGUCAUACAUCCAACGCUGAGGCUCGGUCUGAACUCCUACAGGUGCUGGGAGGAACGAGGGCAGCAGGUGAAAACAGGAAAACAAAAAAAGGACAUUUUUGGUGGAAAAGCAAAGCCGGGAGGAAACGAUGGAGCAGCAGGAGUUCAGGUCGGGUGACAGCAGAAAGCUCAGGCGGUAGCUCCAACAUGGCCGUUCCCAGAGGACGCCCUCCUCCUCCCUGUCCGUGGCCUCCCCUCUUCCUCCUCUUCCUCCUCCUCCUCCUCCUCCUCCUCCUCACCUCGCCCCUGCAGGCCCGGCCACUCGUCCUCCACCCGUCCAUCAACGUGGCGGUGGUGUUCAGCGGCUCCAGCUACCAGAACGAGGUGAGGGGUCGGCUCAGCGGGGAGAACUUCGUGGACCUGCCGGUGGUGGUGAGCCCGGUGACGGUGCUGGUCAACGACACCAACCCCCGGGACCUCCUGACCCGCCUCUGUGACACCAUGGCCAUGGAGAAGCUGCAUGGGGUGGUGUUUGAGGAUGACGUGGGCUCAGGGGCAGACGCUCAGGUUGCAGAAGUGGCUCAGAUCCUGGACUUCCUCUCCACACAGACAGCUCUGCCCAUCGUAGGCAUCAGUGGCGGUUCUGCAGUCGUCAUUCCAUACAAGGCUGAAGGAUCCUCCUUUCUGCAGAUGGGAGCAUCUCUGGAGCAGCAGGUUGUCUGCAUGUUCAAGAUGAUGGAGGAGUACGACUGGGGGGAGUUUGCGGUGAUCACCAGCAUGCUGCCAGGCUACGACACGUUUGUGGAUAUAGUUCAGUCCUACACAGAUACUUCCUACUUCCUGUGGAAUCUGCAGGACGUCUUGUCCAUGGAAAUGUCUGUCGGGGCAAACGAUGCGAGGACCAAACGUUUGCUGCAGCAGGUGGACUCUCAGGUCCUGCUGGCUUAUUGUUCUCAUGAAGAGGCUCAGUACCUGUUCUCUCAGGCAGCUCAGGUGGGUCUGCUGGGUCCGGGCUACAUCUGGAUCCUCCCCAGUCUGGCCGUGGGCAACCCCGAAAGCCCUCCACCUGUCAGCUUCCCUAUCGGGGUGAUUGGAGUGAUCACGGACCAGUGGAGGAAGAGCCUGAGGCAGAGGGUGAGGGAGGGAGUUGCCAUCGUAGCCAAAGGGGCAGAAGGUUUCAAGAAGCAGUUCGGUUUUAUCCCUGAAGGCCACGGAGACUGCAACAAGCCGGGUAAACACUCCGAAAACAACACUCUGUUCAGACACAUGCUGAACGUGACGUGGGAGAGGAAAGAUCUGUCCUUCAACAACCAGGGCUUCCUCCUGAACCCGUCCAUGGUCAUCAUCGCUUUGGACCGAGAGAGGCUCUGGGACAAGGUGGGGACGUUCGCCCGAGGCAUCCUCCAGGUCCGCUAUCCUAUCUGGCCUCGGUACGGCAGCUUCCUCGAGCAUUUGUCCGACGACCGACACCUGACUGUGGCCACGCUGGAGGAGCAUCCCUUCGUCAUGGUGGAGAACGUGGAUCCUGGAACCGGAACCUGUGUCCGGAACACGGUUCCCUGCAGGAGACAAUCCAACCACACCGAGAGUUUUUUGAGCCAGUCGGAGUCCUACACCAAACUGUGCUGUAAAGGCUUCUGCAUCGACAUCCUGAAGAAGCUGUCCCGCACCAUCAAGUUCUCCUACGACCUCUACCUGGUCACCAACGGGAAACACGGAAAGAUGGUCCGUGGGGUCUGGAACGGAAUGAUUGGAGAGGUUUUGUACAGACGAGCUGACAUGGCCAUCGGUUCUCUCACCAUCAACGAGGAGCGUUCGGAAAUCAUCGACUUCUCCGUUCCGUUCGUAGAAACGGGCAUCAGCGUGAUGGUUGCCCGUAGCAACGGCACCGUAUCCCCGUCUGCAUUUCUGGAGCCGUACAGCCCGGCGGUGUGGGUCAUGAUGUUUGUGAUGUGUCUGACCGUGGUGGCUAUCACCGUCUUUGUGUUCGAGUACUUCAGCCCGGUCGGCUACAACCGCAGCCUGGUGAGCGCCAAAGCUCCAGGCGGUCCGACGUUCACCAUCGGGAAGUCGGUGUGGCUGCUGUGGGGCAUCGUCUUCAACAACUCCGUCCCCAUUGAAAACCCAAAAGGAACCACCAGUAAGAUCAUGGUGCUGGUCUGGGCCUUCUUCGCCGUCAUCUUCCUGGCUUCCUACACCGCCAACCUGGCUGCUUUCAUGAUCCAGGAGCAAUAUAUCGACACGGUGUCUGGACUGUCUGACAAGAAGUUUCAGAAACCCCAGGAGCAUUAUCCUCCUUUUCGCUUCGGGACGGUCCCGAAUGGGAGCACAGAGAGGAACAUCCGGAGCAACUACCCCGACAUGCACACCCACAUGAUGAAGUACAACCAGAAGGGGGUGGAGGAAGCUCUGGAAAGCCUGAAAACCGGGAAGCUGGACGCCUUCAUCUACGACGCUGCUGUUUUAAACUACAUGGCUGGGAAGGAUGAGGGCUGCAAACUGGUGACCAUCGGCAGCGGGAAAGUGUUCGCCACCACCGGAUACGGAAUCGCUCUGGAGAAAGACUCCCGCUGGAAGAGACCCAUUGACCUGGCACUGCUGCAGUUCCUGGGGGACGGAGACACCCAGCGCCUGGAGACGGUCUGGUUGUCGGGAAUCUGCCAGAACGAGAAGAACGAAGUGAUGAGCAGCAAGCUGGACAUCGACAACAUGGCAGGCGUCUUCUACAUGCUUCUGGUGGCGAUGGGCCUCAGCCUGCUGGUGUUUGCCUGGGAACAUCUGCUCUACUGGAAGCUCCGACAUUCCCUACACAAAUCCCAGAAACUGGACUUCCUGUUGGCCAUCAGCAGGGGUAUUUACAGUUGUUUCAACGGAGUGGAGGAUCCUGGCCAUUCCUCCGGUUUGGCCAAACCUGACCUGACCUCCAAUUACGCUCAAGCAAACAUGCUGAAGAUGCUUCGCACUGCCAAAGACCUGGUCUCCACUGCCAAUGUUGAGUGUUCCCUGGACAACGCCACAAAGACCAUCGAGCAGCUGAGCCGUCAUGGUGGUAGCUUGCCUGUUCGUGUGCCACAAGUUUCCACGGAGGCUGUACCGGGAGGGUUUGCUUACAUCACAGAGAACCACUGCUCUCUUCCUCAGCGCUCUCUAACCCCACCUCUGACUACCGUGACGUCUCUGAAGCAGCAGAGAGGCGUGACCAGGCCGACUCCACUGCGAUACACGCUUCCAACACGCUCAGCUUCGUGUCUAUAUGACAGACCGCUUCCUGUGUCCAGCCUCAGCAGCCCGCACCUGGCUGUAGGUGAACCACUCCCUCAUCAGCACCCACAUCACUACCAGACCACCGGGAGACUCUACGUAGACACCCAUCCUCACUCACCCUUCAUCUCCUACACUGACCUCCAGCUGCCCGACAUCUACACCUCACAUCCCGUCUCCUCGCCCCAAAGCCAGCACGUCUAUGCUGGAUUCUCCCGACGAAAAAGGAGGUCCAAGAGUUUUCAGUGUGACGAUGGGGAUAUAGAGAGGAGAAUCCACGGGGACCAAGAAAAGGCCGACAAAAGUCCCGUCUGCCUGAGUGAGCUCAAAGCCAACCACCUCCAAGACAACCACAUCUCUGCCCCGAGCGUGGACAACAUCUACUCCGAGGAGGGGAUAUGUCCUCGAGUGGACAACUACAGCUCCUGGCCUCCAGAGGACCUGGUGCUGAGGGGGAGACGCAGACAUCGCCGCCCAUCAUUUCUUAAAGCAACCUGGGGCAGCGAGCAGAUCCACCAGCUUGAUGAAUCCCAGUCGUCCCUGUCCAGCCAGUCACCUUCCACCCUGCCGGACCUGUUCCCAUGCAUUCUUACUCCGACCACACCAUCCAAGGCCUACAACCCUGCCCAUCUAAGAAACAACCUGUGCCUCCCAAGGAACCAGGCCUACCUCCACAUCAGGGAGGACCAGAGGAAGCCAAAUGGGCGCAAAGGCCAGAGGCUGCGCUACUCCCACUCCGCCCACUUGCCCACAUACGGAGAAGCAGUGCGACACGGGACUGGGUUAGGGCGGGGUAUGGUUCGUAGAGCCACUAGCUUGCUGAGCAGACAGUAUGCCCACUACCUGAACUCCUACCCUGGACUACCCCUCUACCACGGCCCCCUGGACCUGCAGCACCACAGCCAGGCCUCCAGCAGCCACCCCAGCCCCAGCCCGGUGUGCCAGCUGCUGGCUUGUGGUGGUGGGCGAUGUGGGGGCCAGCGGGCCCUGCUGUACCAGGACAGUGUUUAUGGGGCCUACGGGGUCUAUCAGGGGUCCCAGACUGGAUCAGAGGCUCAGGCAGGUCAGGGAGCAGGGGGUCAGCCUAUGGGGAGCCCCUGUGUGCUGCGACCCUGGCGACGGGUGUCCAGUCUGGAAUCAGAAGUCUGAUUGAAACCAUAAGGACCUCUUAAGACGAUACAGAAGACUCUUAAACAUUACCACUGUGGGGAGAGUUUACUGGUUAGAUUAAUGUGGAGAGGUAAAGUUAAGGUUUGAAGUAACUGUUGGUUUUCUGUUUGUGUGGUAAACAACAGAAGUUCAGGUCUCCAGAUGUUCCAGAUGUUUAGGACUGAUGUGAUGCACACCACCGAAGAAGACUGCACUGUUGCCAGUUUACCUUGAGAGAUCUGUGGAAAGUUCCAGGUUUAGCUCACUUGCUGCUUUCCUACGAACAACGCUUGUGUGUUGUCUGUGCUUUAAUGUGCACUAAGAUUCCCAACAGUCCAUGGUGUUGGUGCAUGGUUAAACUAUAACCAGAGGUUUCAUGCUGUGUGUUUGUUGUGUAUAUUUUCUCGUGGAUGGUUGGGAUUCAGUCUUGGGUGUCGUCUAGUGGAUGAACCAUUUACAGACUGGAGAGAAACGGUGGAGGAAUGAGGGAUUGUCUCUUUAAAAUGCACCAAAAACAAGCAGCCACUGUAGCACGAUGUCUGAAGCCAGAUGUGACGUGAAGAGUUUAAUUCCAACACGGGACAUUAAAUAUUAAAACACUUUGACUCGAGAUACAGAAAAGCAGCAGUUUUCUAGAAUGAAAUAAUCAUUUUGAGACAUCUGUUGAUGAAUUUCAGGUACCUUCUUUAAAUAUUUAUAAUGUUUUGGAGCUAAACCCUUCACAUCUUCAUUUAGUGAUGAGUUAGAGGAAGAAGCCGUCCAUAUGAACACAAUCUGCAAAGUGACGACAGUUUGGGACAGCACUGACCAGCACUAGGUGUCUUAAACCAUGGACUCUUGUUCCUCACUGGGUCUCACUGAGGCCUCAGUACAGCACAACAUCACACAGGGCCUCACCUUAAAUCAAUUCUGUAUUCUAAGUACUAUAUCAAUAUAGAGAAACGUGUUAUUUCAGGCUUGUUAGUGUCAUAUUCAUGUAUUCUACAUAUAAGAAUUUAUAGUCACUGUUUUUCUAAACACAUUUCUGGCACACUGAGUUUUUCUUUUUGUAAAACUGUUGCUGAUUUACUGAAACAUUUGUUAUUACCGUAUUAAUUCUCUUAGUUGGCCUAUAUAAAGAUUUUCAUCACUCUCUGUUUUCCACUCUUUUAUAUUCCCUCAUCAUCCCUCUUUUCCCGUCUCUAACUGUUUAAUGAUCAAAUUUAAAUGAGGUAAUUGAAAGCUAUUCUAGUAUCUAUAUUACCUGGUUCCCUCACCCUGUACUUAAUCACUUAGACCAAUUAAAGAGCAUUUUUGGAAGAA